GGGAAAAUGUGAACUAAUCCAAUUUUGGAUAUCAAGAACAAAAGAACCAAAAAAACCGAGUCACUUGACCCGUGAUAGAGAUGAUUUGGUCGUAAAGUAGAGAAGAUUCAACAUUUACGACUCUUUGCUAUAUAUUAUUAACUUUCCCAUUUUGUGACUCCUAAAUCAUUUUUACCUUCUCCAUCAAUCGUCACCAAUGACGCUACACAUCAUUGAGACUACCCGAGUCACCGCAGCCGCCGACUCCGACUCGGUCCUUAACUCAGCCAACUCUCUCACAAUCCCUUUAACUUUCUUCGACCUUCCAUGGCUACUAUUCCACCCAGUCAAGCGAAUCUUCUUCUAUAAACUCACCGAGUCGACUCCUGAGAAGUUCCACUCCAUCAUCCUCCCUAAGCUCAAGCACUCUCUGUCCCUUCUCCUCCGUAACUAUCUCCCUCUCACCGGCCACAUCACUUGGGAGCCAGACGAGCCUAAGCCUAGCAUAGUCGUCUAUCCAAACGACGCCGUUUUAGUUACGAUAGCCGAGAGUGAAGCUGACUUUUCUCAUCUUUCCGGUUAUGGAAAACGUCCUUUGUCCGACUUACACGCCUUGCUUCCCAAGUUACCGGUUUCUGAUCACUCAGCGACCGCGUUCUCGAUACAAAUCACGCUGUUUCCAAACCAAGGAUUCUCCAUCGGAGUUGCAGCACACCACGCUGUUUUGGACGGGAAGACGUCAAGCACUUUUAUUAAAGCUUGGGCUCAAAUCUGCAAACAAGAACUUGACAACAUGCCGGAGAAUCUAACUCCGUCUUAUGACCGGUCUUUGAUCAAAGAUCCAACCGGACUCGAUGAAAAGAUGAUAGAGUUAGUGAGAUCUCUCAAAGAGGACAAAACCAACAUCAGAAGCUUGACUUCUCUUCCCGCUAGUGAACUCGGAGACGAUAUCGUGUUAGCCACGCUAGUUCUCUCUCGCGAUGAUAUCGAGAGACUAAGGGAGCAAGUCAAGAACGUGUCACCGAGCCUUCACUUGUCCACUUUUGUAAUUGCCUAUGCUUACGCGUGGAGUUGCUUCGUGAAGGCGCGUGGAGGAAACGGAGAGAGGUCCGUGAGUUUCUUGUUCGUAGGAGAUUUCAGAGACCGGUUAGAUCCAAAGCUUCCGGGGACUUACUUCGGAAACUGUAUGUUUCCGGUGGGUUGUUACAACCGUAAGGCGGCAGAGUUUAUGGAAGAGAAGGGAUUUGUGAUGGCGGUUGAGAUUCUUAGUGAUUUGGUAAAAGGAUUGAGUUCAAGAAAGAUAGAGACCAUUGCGGACACUUUUGUGGAAGGAUUUGGUUUUCAGAGUUGGAGCACACAGUUUGGGACGGUAGCCGGGUCGACCCGGUUGGGAGUAUACGAGGCGGAUUUCGGGUGGGGAAGACCCGUUAAAGUUGAUAUUGUCUCCAUUGACCAAGGAGAGGCUAUCUCAAUGGCAGAGAGACGUGAGGAGUCAGGUGGCGUGGAGAUUGGAAUGUGUUUGAAAAAGACUGAAAUGGAUAUGGUCAUGUCUUUUUUUAACAAUGGUUUACAAAAUUAAUAGUUUUUUUAGAAUAUCCUUUUCAAUAAGGUAAAAGCUUGCUCAGUCUUUCAUGAUAACUUCGUUUAAUAACUCAUUGAGUACAAGCUUUAUGGUUAGAGUUGUGAGCUUUGUAUGAGAACUAUCUCAAAACUCAAAAAUCGUACAAUAAAAUUUCUGCUUUGACUUUUUUUUU